CGCUGACGGACCUGUCGUUCACUUUUUUCUAUUUUAUUAAAUAAACCAUAUGGACUUUGCAUUGAGGAUUCCGCGUCAUAGUUAUAGCCUUUUUUAAGUUUAAUAAUGUUUAAAAAUAACGGAAAGAAGACCGCUAUAACUGUAGCCAGCACAGCCUGUCUGUGCAUGCUGCUGCUGCUGCUGGCGGUGCAGCAUCUCCGGGUCCAGGUGGAGGAUGAGGGGGCGAAGGGAGAAGAUGCUGGAACCCGCUCUCUUCUCCAGGAUGCCGCUCGGGAAAAAGAGCAGGACGCCCAAACUAAGAAAGGAUUCUCGGCGUACUUCACCAAACUGACCCGGAGUCGGAGGGACGUGGAGAAGCCCGCGCGCUCAGCGUCCGCUGAGGCGCCUCCAGCUGAGGACAUUAGCGCUGAUGACAUAUUCAUCGCUGUGAAGACCACCAAGAAGUUCCACCAGUCCAGGCUGAAUCUGCUCCUGGACACCUGGAUCUCAAGAAACAUACCACAGACAUACAUCUUCACGGAUGGAGAGGAUGAGGAUCUUAAAAAGAAAAUUGGGAGUCACGCCAUCAACACCAACUGCUCUGCAGCUCAUAGUCGACAGGCGCUGUCUUGCAAGAUGGCGGUGGAAUAUGACAAGUUCAUAGAGUCGGGGAAAAAGUGGUUCUGUCACGUAGAUGACGACAACUAUGUGAAUGUGAGGACUCUGGUGAAGCAACUGUCCCAGUUCCCCCACACCCAGGACAUGUACAUCGGUAAACCCAGCCUGGACCGGCCCAUCGAGGCCACAGAGAGGCUGGGGGACAAUAAGAUGAAACCAGUCAACUUCUGGUUUGCUACUGGAGGAGCCGGCUUCUGUGUGAGCCGGGGUCUGGCGCUGAAGAUGAGCCCAUGGGCCAGUGGCGGUCACUUCAUGAACACAGCAGAGAAGAUCCGCCUGCCCGACGACUGCACCGUGGGCUACAUCAUCGAGUCGGUCCUGGGGGUCCCUCUGACCCGCAGCAGCCUGUUCCACUCCCACCUGGAGAACCUGCAACAGGUGUCAAGAUCUGAGAUACACAAACAGAUCACCCUCAGUUAUGGGAUGUUUGAAAACAAAAGUAAUAUCAUUAAUCUGAAAGGAGCUUUCCCUGUGGAGGAGGAUCCAUCAAGGUUCAAGUCUGUGCACUGCCUCCUGUACCCAGACACCCCGUGGUGUCCCCCUCAGGUUGCCUUUUAGGGCGACCGCUCCUUUCUCAUCCUCGUCCCCGUCGUGCCUCGGUAUCUGAAAGGCUCGUGGGGACCAGUGUUUCGUAUUAGACCGCGCGGCUGCUGUAUUGUUACUGCAGUUUCGUGCGGUCUUUAUUAGUUUAACUGGGCUGCUGUGCGGCCCGCCUUGGGACUUUCCCUUCCUGUCCGGAGCCAGGACCUUGCCCCAUAAUGUUCUGGAGCAGGACCCCAGCUCUAGACAGGAAGUUGCUUUCAGCGUUUAGCUUUGCAGGCAAUCAGUUGAGCUUUGUGAUGUAUAUGUUGCUUGUAAAUGUAUCUGCGAUUCUCAUAGAAUGUAUUGCCAUUAUAUGCGAGCCUUUUUGCCAGCUUUCAUUAACACUUUGUCUGUUUUUAGCUUGAAAAAAUGCAAAGCCAUAUAGGUCUUUGCUUGUAUACUUUUGGGCUUUUUUCAGGCAUUUUUGUUUAGAUCUUUAACUUUGACUCCGGACAAACGCUCUAAUAUGAAGAUUUUUUUGGUGCUUUUAAGUUGACAGUGUUAUUUCUUUCAUAAACUGAGCUGGCAGUAGGCAGAUAUUCCAAAUGCGUCGUUCAGUGACCUAAUCUGAGGUAUAUCAGGACAAAGCACUUUUCCCUUUUUGAUAUUUUUUUGGUAACUUAAUUUACGUCCUUUUAUUGACAUGCCUCAGAUUUGUGUCCAUACUAACACAAUUCACAAAUAACCUGUCAAAAUCUCUAUCUAUUCAUUUAUAUCUAUUUAAAAAAAACUCCUUGCAUUUGUUACAAUCAGGGAAAUUAAUGAGGGGAAAGAGAUUUUGAUAUUUUAAAUUGCUUUGGGAUGUUUUUUUUUGUUUAAUAAUUGCACAGCUGAGUUUCAAAUGAGCUGAUGUUUGCUCCUGAAAAGACACUUACCUCAAAGGCUCAACAAUGAAGAAAGAGGAGUGAAUUCUAGCUUGGAUGACCCAAAAAAGCUAAAAUCACUUCCAAACAUUGGCUAAACCUAAAUAAUAACCACAUGUAAUCCGAGCCACAGUCUGUAACAGUUUGCACGAAAGACUGGUGAGCUUUUCUGUUAUUAAUAACAAAAUAAUAUUAUUUAUCUACACAUGUUACUGUUGAGGCCUGCGAGGUGACGACUUUACAGGAGCAACAUGAGUGUUUUCACAUGGAGGUGUUCCCUCUGUGUCUUCUCUCACCCAUAUUGGGUCACAUUGUACAUUUUGAUUACAGUAUUGUGUACUGUUUAAAUUAGUAGUAAUUGUAAAAUGUUUAAAAAAAAAUGUAAUUUCCCCUUUGUGGUUUACAUAAUGCUUUUAAUGACCCUGACGUGAUUUUUUUGAACUGUGCUAAAUGAAUGUGGUGUUUAUUCUCCAGUAUCUGGAGGCUUUGAAAGGUUCAUUCCCAACACUGGCUUCUCAGGGAUUAUGAGCUGAUCCUGGUAUUAACUACCAUGGGACCCAAGGUGGGACCUGAAACUUUGAAUAAAAGUGCAUAACCACUGAGAAACUUUA